AUGUGCUGUCCUCAAUACAGUCCUUCAGUGAUAACAGAUCGUGAUGUUGUUGAACGAGAUAAGGAUAAAUAUUUAUUAUUUUCAUGUAUUGCUUAUAUUCAUCAAUGUAAAACUGGUCCAUUUGAAGAACAUUCACAUACAUUGUAUGGUAUAAGUGAAAUACCGAAAUGGGAAAAAGUCAAUUCUGGUUUAAUUAAAAUGUACAAAGGUGAAGUUUUAGAAAAAUUCCCAGUAGUUCAACAUUUUCUAUUUGGCAAUUUAUUAUCAUUUGAUUCAAUACAAACUAUGAAGCGUUUGAACAAUCAAACACCUACUACUACGGCUGAACAACGCAGUCACAUUCCUUCAAAUAGUAGUGAUUUAUUCGUUAAACCAAUCACAUCAACACCCACCAUUUCACAACAAUCGAAUUCACAUGCUGGUGCUGAUGGCGUUGAACAUUCUUGAAGUUUAGAGAAAAAAAGAAAAAGAAAAGAUUUUUUCAAAGUCAUUGGAUCGAUUAUACAGUUUUAAUUUUAUGAGUUUUCUUUUUAAAACAGAAUUGAUUAUGUAUAUAUAUAUAUAUCUAUAAUAUAAUAUAAUAUAAUAUAUAGAGGAGAGAUGUUUGCAAAACCAUAUAAGCAUUUUCAUUCUAAAACAAUGGAUUGUUACUUGUUU